CGAUGUGUUUUCCUCACGGGUAGGGGAUGGACAGAGGGUGGAGAGAGCGACUCUGGGAUUUGCAUAUUCAUUAUGUUGGGAGGAGGUUGCAGUGGGAUACCCAGCGCUUUUACUGUAUAUAGAGCCGUUUGCAGAAAGCUUGUCACGGUCAAAAGCUGCUGUUUCCAUUUCAACCCGAACUUGCUAGUAGCAAGCACCGAUUGCGCCCUCCCGAGCAGGUCGGUUUUACCUUCCUUGAGGCUGUCUCUCAGCUGGUUUACAUGAUUAUGGAAUUUACAAGUGAGAAUUUCUCCGUCGUUGGCCAUCAUUCGAAGGGGAGCGAGUACUACAUGGGAGCAGGAGCAACCCUGGAACAAGUUAUGGAGAGCAUGGAGGGGGGGUCUUUCUACAACAAGAAUGCCUCGAAACGCAUCCAAGCCUUUAUUAACAUGGACAGCAACGAGCACCCGGAAAGGAUUGGAAAGCCGCCCGCUCAUGAAGACGGUGCGAAUGUCAAUUACAGCGUUUCAAAGUCGAUGGGCCAACCUGUGUGUUCUGAACUAUCAAGACCCAUUGAAAACUACUGUAACAUGAAGGUUUCACCGCCAAAAGGGCUAGAGGAAAAAUCCAUCGGAGAUCAAAGCAUUGAUAAGAGUGACUCUAAUGUCUCUAGCACGAAGAAGCGGAGAAAUAGGACAACAUUCACCAGUUUACAAUUAGAGGAGCUGGAGAAGGUUUUCCAGAAAACCCAUUACCCAGACGUGUAUGCCAGGGAGCAGCUGGCUCUACGGACUGAGCUCACAGAGGCGAGAGUACAGGUUUGGUUUCAAAAUAGAAGAGCGAAAUGGAGAAAGAGGGAACGCUAUGGACAAUUACAACAAGCUCGAAACCACUUUGCAACCUCCUAUGAUGUCUCUCUUUUACCCCGGACGGAGCCUUAUUCACAGUUGCAAAACAAUUUGUGGGCAGGCAAUAACUCCACUGGCUCAGCAGUUUCGUCCUGUAUAUUACCACGUGAAUCAUCCCCCUGUAUGUCACCUUACCCUCACUCACACAGAAAUGGCACUUCCUACAUGGGCAUAUCAAAUCACCAAAGCCAGUUCAAUCAAGUUGCUCUCAACAACCUAUUCAAUGACUCAGUACUGUCUGGUUCAUCUGAUGGACAUGCCUUCGAACCAAGGCCAGAGUGUGAACGGAGAUCAUCAAGCAUUGCUGUGCUUCGGAUGAAAGCCAAGGAACAUACUGCCAACAUAUCAUGGGCCAUGUAAUGGAAACUUAAUGAAAACAGAAAACAAAUGAUUAAUGAACAUAUCUGGGCCAUUCUGCUCCUGGAAAACUUUAAUAAGCUGCUACAUCUUAAAUAAGGAAGUAGUUGAAUGCACAUCAGAGGAGAGCAAUACACAAGGUUUUCUUGUAGAGCUCUUUUAAUACUAACACAGAGUACCAAAUCAAAAGCUAAGUUGGUUGAUCAAAUGUUGUGUGUGGCUGUUUAAAGAGCGUACUGUACUCAUUGAAGCACCGAGUUUUAAAAUGUAUCAGGAUGCCAUUUGGUUCAAUAUAAUAGUCUCAGAAAGCAAUCUUCAUCAGCCCCAUUCCUCUGCCUUUAAUUUAUAUCCUCUUAGCUCUCCUUUCUCUUAUAUUUAUCUGCCUCUGAUUUAGAGGCUAUUUGGCUUACUUCUUGCACCACUGAUUCUGGCAAGUCUCGACAGGUCCUAUCAACCUUCUGUAUAAAAUAAAAUUCUGAAGCUUUUCUUGUUUUACAAUUUUAAUAUUCUUAAUUCAAAUCUCUUUAAUUACUGAUUCACUGACAGGUGAAUGUACAUGUACAUGAUCACACUUCUCAGAAUUUUGAACAUUUCUGUUAGACUUCCUGUUAACCUUUUCACAACAAGUCUCUGUAAAAAAAGUCUCCUCUUAGUUUAAGCUUCUCAUUUGUGAUAUUUUCCCAAGGCCCUAAAGGGGCCUAAAUUGAACAUAAUAUUCAAAUGGUACCACUGACAAUGCUUCAAGUAUGCUUAACGUUAUUACUUAACUUUUGUAUAAAAUCCAGGAUCACACUUUUAUCUGUCCUGCCAUCACUAACAGUCUUUUUCACUGUGAAACAAUUUUUGUGUGAUCUGCAAAUUUUUAUAUUGUUUUCUUUAAACCCAAGAACAGAUCAUUUUUAUAUAGAGUGUUAUUGACAACUAUAUGUUCCAGAAUGGGUUGCCUGCCAAUCUUACUCAUGCUAACUUUUGGAACUGAAUAUUCCCAAUGCUAAUAAUAAAAUCACUGUUUGAAAAACAUAACACCAUUGUUGUGGAAAGCAUCCACAUCCAUAUUCAAACCAUUUACAAAAUUAUUAUACGGCAACAUUAUGGUAUGUUCCAAUAAUGUUAGUUUGAAGACACACUGUACAUGAACACUUUAAAACCCCUUCAUAUUAAAAGUUUAAGGGCUGAUCUAAUUGAAGUGUUGAAUAUGAUAACAAUAUUUAAUAAGGCAUAUCCUCCAUUGAUGGAAUCUAAAAAUUACAGCCAGACUGUAGGAGUAAAUCCAUUAAGCAUUUUUUCACACAAACAAUACUGAAAAUCUGGAAUCCUCUUGGCCAAAGUCCAUUGAUGCUGGGCCAGUUUAAAUUUCUACAACUGAGAUUGCUUGAUAUCUUUGCCCAACUAAAAUCAAAACAUAUAAUGAUACAUGAAGGUAAACUAAUAGAUGAGCCACAAUCCAAUGGUGGGGGAGGUAGGAUUGCAACUCAGCGGCUGAAUGGCCUACUCCUGUUCCUCAGUAAUCCCUAGUGCAAUCAAUUCAGCAAAAUAAGGUUCUCACAUUUCAGUAGUAAAGUCCAACAUGUGCUCAUUUUUCUAUUCAAUACAUUUACAAAAUAACAAAUUCCAUGUAUUGAUUUAAAAAUAGGAAUGCAUUUAUUGCUUAUUACUAUUUCUGUUCCGUGAUGACAUUUCUAUAUGUAUCACAGAACUUGCCUAUACAUUUAAUUAAAAUGUUCAAAUUGGCUGAAUAUUCUUUUUAAAAUUCUGUUGAAGGAAAUAAAGAUUAUUAGAAGAUUUCCUUAUAAGAGAGAUCAACCAUCUCCAAUCGUUUUUAAUGUAGCUCUGGGGAAACCUCUGUUAAUUAUUGGAGCUGCAUGAUUUUUUUUUCGGAACUGCAAGAAGGACAGCUUCGGUCUGAGAAAUCUAAAUUCUGAUUAAAUUUAUCUUGUGGAAUACUUGAGAAUUAAAAAUCACUGGUCGAGCUUUAAACUGAACUGAUGGAAAACUGCUGUGACUGUUAUUUAUCAUUCCUUAAAAGGGUAAAAUAACACCAGAGGUUGGUUCAAUGGGGGUUAAAUAUUUAUUCCUUGAUGCAUUGUAGUUGCUUAUAUCUUUAAAAAUAGCUUAUUUAUUUUCUCUGUUUCAAGCUGACAUUUGAGAAAAUGAAUACGACAAUAUUGAGGUGAAAUGCCAUUUUUAAUCUGAUGUUUCUCAUUGGGGUGGUGUUGCUGGGGAUGCUGGGGAGGGGGGGAAGGUGGUGGAUUUUACUUUUUAGCCCAAAGUGAUUGUGACUCAGCCAUAAAUAGAUUGAGGACAACACAGUGAGAAAGUGGCUGCCCCCCCCCCCCCCACUUGGGAGGAUAUCCUGCCUCCCAAGAGAGGCCACUGAGUCAGAAGGCCAGCAGCACUCCAUUGCUUUCCUGGACUGGCGGCCAUUGCUGGGACUUCAUAUGAUCAGAUCCCGAUGAGGAACUAUGGAGUAGAAAGUUUAAAAGCUUAGUGGGGUCAGUCAGUCAGUCAGGCUUCUUAGGGUGGUUUGGGAGGAAGAGGGCACAGCCCAGAGGUUGUGGGGUGGGUCCAAAUGAAGAUAGUUCUCUUUGCUGAGGGUGAGCCCCAGCUACCUUCCUACAUGAUAUGGCAACCCUCUUUCCCUUGCCCACCCUACACCUGCCCUCAAACCCCUGGGACUGGGGUAAUGGCUAAUGUGUAAAAUUCAAUUUAACAAUCUACAGAUCAGAAUUUAGAAGCACAAUUGUAACUUUCAGGCCAUUACAUGCAUUAUAUCAAAGGAUGAGGAGCAGAGUUGACUUGACUAUAUUUAUCCCAUUAGAACCACAUUUUAAAUUUUUAAUGUCAUUAAAUUGAUUUAAAAAUUGAAAGGGCUGGAGAAACUCAGCAGAUCUGGCAGCAUCACUGGAGAGACAAACAGCAUUAACAUUUUGAGUCCAGUGACCCUUCGUCAUAACUGACUUCUCUCUUCAGAUGCUAUCAGAUCCGCUGAUUUUCUCCAGAUUUCAGAUUUCCAGCAUCCACAGGUUUUGUUUCCAUUAAAUUGAUUGCUUUAACAUACUUGAACACUGAAGCUUAACUGAGCACUAGUACAGUUUGACUAUAUUAUGGAAGUAUGAAUUAUUUCAUCUUGCGCUCAAUCUAACCUUUUUGUGAUACUUUGGAAUUACAAGAUUUCUUAAACAUUAAAUAAACAUAAUUUCUGCUCCAGUCAUCCUCAGACCUUUUUGAAUGAAACCACCCCUUUAGAACCAGUCAGUGUUAAUGAGGAGGAAGGUUUAUUUAUGUCACAGAACCAGGGACAAAGAUGAAAGUGUAGUGUACAAGUCCAUCAUCCAGCUCACUUUUCUCCAUGUUCCAUGUUUAUUGGCAGCCUGUGCAUUCUGUACUCGAAUUCUGUGCCUCAUUUUCAUUUUUAUGUACAUUUAGUCUGAAGAAUGUUGAAAGUUUUGACUUGAUUAUUGAACAGUGAAUAUCCAAGGUCAAUUGAGAAGUCAAUUCACAGCUAAAUACUGGGCCAAUCCCAUUUCCUUUGGACUGCUCACAAUUCAAAUUGUCAUUGUUGGUUUUCGUGUCUGUGAAAUAAAUUUGGAACAAGGUCCAAAAUAAAAAUAAUUAAGUAAUAAAUCAA